AAUAAAGGGAAACUUUAUUCUUUGCUUUGUGUGCUUAGCAGGGAAACUUUAUUCCAGUAAAGUGCCUGCCUUGCAGAACUCAUAUGGAGAAAGAAGCCAAAUUUCUUGAAUGAAUUAUAAACAAAAAGGAUUCUUUGCCCCUGUAUGAGGCAAUCCCAAUGAUGGAAAGGAAUCCAUGGUUGCUGGAGGAGGGGCAAAAUCAGCAGCCUAUGUUCUCUUACUUGUUAAUCUCGUUAUCUUCUUCAUUGUGACUGUCAUAGCUGCAUGGGCAAUGAACCAUGGGAUCCAAAGGUCUCGUGAAACAGCAUCUGUUUUGUCCAUACCAUUGCGCAUUUUUCCAAUAUACUUCCCAUUGGGGAAUAUGGCAACCGGUUUCUUUCUGAUCUUCUCCCUCAUUGCCGGUGUUGUUGGAAUCGCCACCUCACUUACCGGACUUCAUAACGUUUUUCAAUGGGAUGGCCCCAGUUUACACACAGCUGCUGCCUCUUCUCUUGUAUCUUGGUCCCUCACUCUUCUUGCCAUGGGAUUGGCUUGUAAAGAGAUUGAACUUGGUUGGACAACUGGGAACUUGCGUACUUUGGAGACCAUGACCAUAAUUGUGAGUGCAACUCAAUUGUUUUCUACUUGUGCAAUCCAAGCAGCUGGAGUUGAAGUGGCUAUUGCAGAACAAAGGGAUCGGACUGGAGCAAGACGUUAAUCCCCAUGCAUGUUGUUGAUCUACAGACUACAUGAUCGAAUUAUUAACUUGAUCCAUAUUGUUGUUAUAUAUAUCUAUGCACUGGAAUGCGUAACAUUUUCUCACCGAUAUUAUUAAUUUUA